CUUUGGUUUCGGACAGAGGAUCAGCUCUUUUAAAGCAAAAUCAUGAACUUUACGCUGAAAGACUUUGAAGACUUGUCACGCUUCUGUUCCCACAUGCAUGAAUAAUGCCACAAAUUCCUGUUAAGAAACGACAUCUGGAACUUAAAAGCACCUCUGCUAUUCUGUUAAUACCCAGAAAAAGGUGUGAUACUUUAUUCAGCUAUAGACGACCAAUCACAACAAACGUCCAGUUUCAGCAAUGUCCACUCCCGAAAGCGACCAACUUGAACUUCAAGUGUUUUUCAGACGAAGUCUGCGUAGUUCGACUCAACACAAACGCCCUAUGCCAUACCUUGAUCCAAAGCACUAUGUUUACUAUUUGCGUCGCCAGGUAGCACUAAGUAAUGGAGUUAAGCCAAAAAAUAAAAGAAAAUCUGAGGACACUGACGUGACCCUGGAACUUCCAAGUGUAUAUUAUCUGCUACAAAAAUUGAAAGAAGAUUUGCAAGCUGCCAAUAAAAAAUUUCUCCUGGAGUUUGUAGCCGAGCCUCAGAAUGGAGUUAGAUUAGUCCUAGACCUUUUGAACAGUUGCUGGAGAAUACAAAUUGAUCAGGAGCUAAGUUGGAUUCAUGAUUCUGAAAGGCAGUUUUUGCUGAGAAACGCUUUGCGCGAAGAACACGAAUGCCUUUUAUGUUUGAAAAACUGCAUAAAACUAAAGGAGGCUGUUACCAUGGUCAUGAAACACUCUAAUGGACUUUCCACUUUGGCAUUUUGCAUCACGAGUAAUUGCAGAAAAUCUCGUUUGCUGGCGCUGCAGCUACUGACAACUGUCUGUCAAGCUUCUUUUGAUGGCAACGAAAGGGUUCUUGAAGCUAUGACAUCUGUAAAACUGGCUUAUGGUGAAUCGGUACGGUUUAAGUUCAUGAUGUCAAUGUUGAAGUCGGGAACACGUAAUUCAACUGAUUUUAAAUGCGCUGUCCUUGUGUUAAUCAACACGAUUCUCCUAAGAACUCACGACUUGGACCAGAAAGUCCGCCUACAGUGUGAGUUUAAGGAAGCAGGAUUAAAUAUACUGAAGCUUGAAGAGGAAUUGUUUGAGAAAACGACGCCAACUAAUGACAGCUUUUGGAAAGAAAUAUCAAAGUGGAAAGAAAGAUAUGUGAAUAUACAAGAAAUAAUGAGCGAGAGCCAACAGAUGGCGUCUCAAAUUAAAGCACUAAAAAAUGAGGUUGAGCAUCUCCACAAAAUGAAUAAAAAACUGGAAGCUCAGAAAAGAAGUUUGAUGCACGCUGAAAUAAAAAAGCUGGAAACGACUGAGAUGAAUGAAAGCUAUUAUAAAGAAAUAAAAUCACCGCAUCAGUAUCCCGUGGAUAUCAUUGGAAGUGGCCACCCAAACAACGAUGAAAUUAUAAUUAAUGUACCCACAGUAUUCUCCUCUAAGAAAAAGCUUGCAAGUAGAUCCAGAGCUUCUGCAUCCUACCACAGUAGGCAGCUCACACCAAAGACAAUACUGUUUAACUUCAAACUACGGAAAAAGUGGUAAAACGUUGAAAGCCACAAAAAACGUUCAACCAGUCCCAAUCGGUGAUUACCACACCUCUCUAGAAGAAAGAAAAGUACCUAGUUAUCAGUUUACAGCGCCUUCCACGCAGUGCUUUAAUAAUGUUGAUCGGAGUUCGGGAAAAAAGGUGUCACCAAUGGUUCACGUUUUGAAACUACUCGAACAACUGAUACAUACGAGUAUGGAGGAAAUGCUGCUUCACUUAAAUGUGCAGCAGAUUGUGAGAAACAAUCUAUCAUCUCUAAUUCAUCCGAUGUCUCUUUCAUACCAAAAAGUUCGUUUUCUCUCUGCUUGCGGUCCCCAUCAUCUUGGCAAGAUGAUAUAAUUGUGCAAGAGGAUUUAAUUAGACCAGUAUUGAAAACAUCAUUUCUGCGGGAUAACUACGAAAACAAGUUCAU